AUGGCGCAAACCCAGGUUGUCAAGGUUGCGGGCCGUGCCUUCCAGUCGCGGCCUGCUCGCUCGGCGCGCCGCCUGGUCAUUCGUGCUGCUGAGGCUAAGGAGAUUGUGUUCGACCAGGAGUCGCGCAGGAAGCUGCAAAUCGGUAUCAACAAAGUUGCUGAUGCCGUCGGUGUCACUCUGGGCCCCCGCGGUCGCAACGUGGUGCUGGAGCAAAAGUUUGGCGUGCCCCAGGUCAUCAACGAUGGUGUUUCCAUUGCUCGCGCUAUCGAGCUGAGGGACCCGGUUGAGAACGCUGGCGCUCAGCUGAUCAAGGAGGUGGCAGGUCGUACCAACGAUGCUGCGGGCGAUGGCACCACCACCGCCUCAGUUCUGGCCCGCGAGAUGAUCCACUUCGGUCUGCAGAACGUAGCCGCCAUCUCUGCGGGUAACGAGGACUUCAUUGGCGAGAUGAUUGCGGACGCGCUCGACAAGGUCGGAUCCAACGGCGUGCUGUCCAUCGAGACAUCCAACUCCACCGAGACUGUGGUGGAGGUCCAGGAGGGCAUGGAGAUCGACCGGGGGUACAUCUCUCCGCAGUUCGUCACCAACCAGGAGAGGCUGCUCGUGGAGUACGACAACUGCCGUGUGCUCGUCACGGACCAGAAGAUCGAGUCCAUCCGCGACAUCAUCCCCAUCCUGGAGCAGGUCACCCGCCUGAACCAGCCGCUACUCAUUAUUGCCGAGGACGUUGCGGGUGAGGCGCUCGCCACUCUGGUGGUCAACAAGCUCCGCGGUGUGCUCAACGUUGCGGCCAUCAAGGCCCCUGGUUUCGGAGAGCGCCGUAAGGCCCUCCUGCAGGACAUUGCCAUUGUCACCGGAGCCGAGUUCAUCGCCAAGGACCUGGGCAUGAAGGUGGAGCAGGCGGUUGUCGAGCAGUUGGGGGUUGCCCGUAAGAUUACGAUUUCCAACAACUCCACGACGAUGAUUGCGGAUGCCGCGAGUCGGGAGGAGAUUGAGAUGCGGAUCGCGCAGCUGAAGAAGGAGCUGGCCGAGACGGACAGUGUGUACGACACUGAGAAGCUGUCGGAGCGCAUUGCGAAGCUGUCGGGAGGUGUGGCGGUGAUCAAGGUGGGUGCUGCCACGGAGGCGGAGCUGGAGGACCGCAAGUUGCGAAUUGAGGACGCCAAGAACGCGACCUUCGCGGCGGUGGAGGAGGGCAUCGUGCCGGGGGGCGGGGCGGCGCUGCUGCACCUUUCCGAGCUGGUCCCCGCGUUCAAGGAGACUCUGACGGACCCGGAGGAGCGCCUGGGUGCCGAUAUCGUGAUGAAGAGCCUGCGGGCGCCCUGCCGCCUCAUUGCCGACAACGCGGGAGUGGAGGGGGAGGUCAUUGUGCAGAGGCUGCUGGGGAAGCCGUUCGAGGUUGGCUACAACGCCAUGAUCGACAAGAUCGAGAACCUCCUGGACGCCGGAGUGAUCGACCCGGCCAAGGUGACCCGCAACGGGCUGCUCAACUCCGUGUCCAUUGCGGGCAUCAUGCUCACCACGCAGGCGGUUAUGGUUGAGAAGUCCAAGCCGUCCGACGUGCCAGGCGGCAUGACGGCGUCGGGCAUGCCUUCUGGAAUGACCAUCUAGACAGCGAGCGAGGGGCCUGCCGGUGUGGGAUGGUGAACUCUCCUGCCGACCGCACCGCUGCCCGGCUGACGGCCCCGCGGUUCGAGGAGGCCCCCUCCCGCCAAUGUGGGCGGAUGGGCGGUCGCGUGUGGCGGUGACGGUGGCGGAACCCAUCUUCCUUGUCCACCCGGUGGAGGAACCCCGGGACCAGGUGGCUCACACACAUACAUACGCACCGUGGGUUACCACCCGCUGUAGGGGCGGGUGAGGGGGGGGUCGGUAGUGUAUGUGUGUGUAUUGGGGGGGUUAUACUCCACUGGGGUUACGAAACGGAGGGGGACUGCACUGAAGAUUCUAGGGGAAAACGACUGGGGGGAUGGAGGGAUGGGCGACGAGAUUGGUGCACGUGCGGUCUGUCUGUCUUUAGUAUAGAGUUUACUAACGGACUAACUAUCGGGAAGAGACCAGUCGUCCGUGGACGGGAGGGAUUCGAGCUUGCGUGUGUGUGCGAGAGUGAAGAGGGGCGUAUGGAAGCUGGGGAGGCGAUGCAAGAGCGGGGAGCUGUGGCAGUGUGACUCGGGAGGGGGGGAGUCGUGCGUCAGCUUCGGCCUUGUUGGUGUUCGAUUGUGGUCUCCCGCCUCUCUUCGGGAGUUUCUUGACGACCUAGCCAGCCAUGGAUUGUAGGGGGUCUCUGGUGCUGCGGUUGAGUGGUCGCUUUGCGGUUGGUGUAUAACCAGGUGAGGCACCUGGUGGUGGUCGUGGUGGUGGGAAGAGGCGCUGCAGUCCCGAUACUGUCCCGCGCCAGACGGGGAGGGAGUGCGGGUAACGAUGUGUGCAUUGCCGGUACGACGUACGAGGUGUGAUGGUUGGAAUGAUGGGGGAGGGAGGUUUGUCCCCGGGAGGAUGACUACAGACUUUGGGGGUGUAGGCGGGUGGGAAUGUGUUGCUGUACACAGGUUAUAAUCAUCCGAUGUUUCAUCAGUGCCGUAACUGACAGACUGAUUGUUUACUUUUCCCCCUAGUACUGCUCCUGUUGAGCAUGUGCGUCACAGGCUGUAUGUGCUUCAUUUGCCUUUCCGUCAGCAGCGUCAGCUGAUUGUCCAUGAAAGCCACAAACGCGAUUAGUGGUAUCUGACCUUGCGGCCCUUCAGCCGCCUACUGGACUGCAGCGUGAACAGUUAGGUCUUGCGCAACACAGCAACGUUUCAACAACGCAGCAGCUCAAUGUGCACCCACAUGGUAUGGGAGCCCAUAGACUUCUGGCGGGGUGUUCGGUGCAAGGGAACCGCUAACCGCGAGGAUUCCGUGUUGGAAUGUGCAAAUAUGCGGUGACUUGGGGGCAUUACAACAACAGGUAAAUUGCAGUUGGUGAUAGGAGAUAAGUUGGAAAGUGAUUUGGAUGAUGUACGUGCGUGACAGUAAUGGGGUGUGAGAACAUCGGUAUGCGCAGCAUCCUCUAGCAGCGCAAAGUUCCUUGACUAGCACUAAUGGCAGGUCGACAGGGGUGUUGAGCAAAUCAGGGACCGUACUGAAUGUAAGUGAAAUUGCUC